CCCUAGAAAGUUUGGAACCACACUUUGUCUCCUCAGCAGCGAAAAACCCUAGCCGUAGAGCAAGCGUCUCACAUUCACCGGAAGCAAUGGCUGACGUUAAUCCAGAUGUCACCGCGGCGCAGCCUAAGAAGAGGACGUUUAAGAAGUUCAGUUUCAAGGGCGUCGAUCUCGAUGCGCUCCUUGAUAUGCCCAUUGAUGAGCUCGUCAAGCUCUUGAACGCUCGGGCCAGGCGUAGGUUCCAGAGGGGUUUGAACAGGAAGCCAAUGGCUUUGAUCAAGAAGCUUAGGAAGGCUAAGCUCGAAGCUCCUGCUGGUGAAAAGCCCGCCCUUGUCAGAACCCACCUCAGGAACAUGAUCAUUGUCCCUGAGAUGAUCGGGAGUGUCCUUGGGGUGUACAACGGCAAGACCUUCAAUCCAGUUGAAAUCAAGCCUGAGAUGAUUGGCCAUUAUCUUGCUGAGUUCUCGAUAUCAUACAAGCCAGUCAAGCACGGUAGACCUGGUAUCGGUGCCACCCACUCAUCGAGGUUUAUUCCUCUCAAGUGAGCAUUCUAUCAGUGGAAGGGAGCAUUCUUCUGUCAGUGGGUGGAAGGAUGUUUACUUUAAAUUCCUAGGUUUUGGUCUUUCUAUGUUUUUCUUGGAGCUAUGGAUCUUUAAACUAUUUUUGCUGUCUCUCACAAAUUUACCCAACUGCAAGCUUUUGAUUAUGAGUGUUAUCGUUUUUUGAGGUUA